AUGCACACACACCCCUCUACUUUGCCCGCUUCCUCAGACAGCGAUGACGACAGCACCGCUACCCCUCCUCGCGAUACCGUUCUCCCCCCCAAGGAGUACUCUUUCAAACUGCCUACAUGCUGGAGUGACCAGGACCGCCACAGCCUUUUAAAUGUCUCGUUGAAUGGACGGGAACUGUCUUACCAGGGAACUUCAUGUGGGGACAAAGACGCUGCAGCUGCAAGGACUAUUCAUCCAAUCCCACCUGCCUGUGGAAUAUACUACUAUGAGGUUGAAAUACUCGGUAAGGAGCAUAAAAGUCACAUCAGCAUAGGGCUUGCAGGACAUGGCGUGAAGUUCUCCCGACUCCCAGGCUGGGAACCCAAUUCAUGGGGAUACCACGGGGAUGAUGGGUGCUCUUUCGCUGCCGAGAAAAACGGAACAUCGUAUGGUCCGACUUACGCUGGUGAUAUUAUUGGAUGUGGGAUAGAUUUCACGACCCGUCGUGCUUUUUUUACCAAGAACGGGUCGUUUAUUGGCGCUGUCUUUGAGAAUGUUGGUAAAGACAUAGACCUCUAUCCGUCAGUGGGGCUUCAGCAUGCAGGAGAGAUCAUUCGUGUUAAUUUUGGCCACGAACCUUUCAAGUUUGAUAUCGACUCUCACGUACAGCAACAAAGAAGUGCAGUUUGGAACAACAUUCUGGCUACGCCCAUCGAUCCUUCAGUCUUGGAGGGCCGAAGUAUGUCCACCACAGGGAAGACCACUCUCUCUGACGAGCAGUCGAAGGGGGUACUGAACAAGCUCGUUCUGACAUAUCUGGUGCAUCAUGGCUACGCAAAGACGGUGAGGGCUUUCCAGAAACAACAGCCUGACGUUUUGGCUGCGAAAGACCCCGAUAUCGUGAUGGACGAUACCGUCGCCGAAACCGGGGGCAUGGAUGAAGAUAUUAAGUGUCGGACUAGGAUAGUCAAUUCUGUCAUAACCGGCGACAUCGACUCUGCCAUUGCGGAAACCAAGAAGCAUCACCCAGUAGUCCUCGAAUCAGAGAACCACUUGAUGUUAUUCAAACUACGUUGCAGAAAAUUCGUGGAGCUUAUUCUAGAGACGACAGAAAUGAAGAAGAGGAUAAAAAGCUUGAAGGAGACGCGAGCGGAGAAGCGUCAUUACGAUGAAAUCGGCAACGGUAAUGGCGAGUUUUGGAUGGACGAAGAAAUGGGCAUGGAUGUAGAUGACGACGCCGUGGGGCUAAUGUCCACUUCUCCCACAACGAUCCCAUACAACACUCAACCCUUGCGAAAUGGCCGAGAAAAGGCUGUGUCACCUGAUGGCGAAGCAAAGGACUUGUCGUCUGUAGAUGCCGCUGCACAAUACGAGAUGGCCUUGAACACGGCGAUUGCUUAUGGGCAAGAGUUGUCAAACGACUACAAGUCAGACACGAGGCCAGAGGUGCGACAAUUAUUCAAGCAAACAUUUGGUAUUGUCGCCUGGGAGGAUCCACUAGAAGCAGGAGGUAGCGUGGCGAGCGUCGUCAGUUAUGAAGCCAGGGUUAAUCUGGCAAAUGAGCUCAAUCAAGCUAUUCUCAAGUCCCAAGGGAGGCCAACUCGUCCCGCAUUGGAGAUGCUUUACCGACAAACCGCUGCAUGUCUACUGCAGCUGGGUACAAUGGGUGUCGGCGAAGCUGCCUUUGCAGACAUAUCUCGAGAAAUUCUCGAGUCAUGA